AGUGAAUUGCUUUGAAAAAACCGAGGCCUGUGAUUUGGCCGCCUCCCAGGCAGGCAGUGGGCGGAACAUGCUUGCGAGGCUGAGGCACGAAGCUCCGGUUUCAGCAAGGAGGCGAAGCGCAGCGCUGUGCCCGUUCUCCCCUCCCUUGUAACGGAGAAGCGGCUCCUUUGCCUUCCCGCCACAGCGCUGCAACCAGGCUUGGGAAAGGCUCGCCUCAGUCGGAGCGACCGGGGAACCCACCGACAGGCAGGCUCGGCCCGGGGAGCCGCAGCGCGCGUGCCAGCAGCCUCUGGCCGGAGAGCCUCCGCUUCGCCCGGCAUGGAUCCGACCCCGAGGAGGACCUGGGGCGAGGACGGCGAGGGCCAGCCGCAGGAAGAAGAGGAAGAAGUGGAUCCCCGAAUCCAGGGGGAGCUCGAAAAGUUGAAUCAAUCUACAGAUGAUAUUAAUCGGAGGGAAACUGAGCUUGAGGAUGCCCGCCAGAAGUUUCGGUCUGUCUUGGUUGAAGCAACAAUAAAGCUAGAUGAACUUGUGAAGAAGAUUGGUAAAGCCGUAGAAGACUCUAAGCCAUAUUGGGAAGCAAGGAGAGUGGCCAGGCAGGCGCAACUGGAGGCUCAGAAGGCCACUCAGGAUUUUCAGAGGGCCACGGAGGUGCUGCGGGCUGCUAAAGAAACCAUUUCCCUUGCAGAACAGCGGCUGCUGGAGGAUGACAAGCGUCAAUUUGAUUCUGCCUGGCAAGAGAUGCUCAACCAUGCUACUCAGAGGGUCAUGGAGGCAGAACAGACGAAAACCAGAAGUGAACUGGUGCACAAGGAGACAGCAGCCAAAUACAACGCCGCCAUGGGUAGAAUGAAACAGCUGGAGAAGAAACUGAAAAGAGCUAUAAAUAAAUCCAAGCCUUAUUUUGAACUGAAGGCAAAAUAUUAUGUACAGUUGGAGCAAUUAAAGAAGACUGUAGAUGAUCUUCAGGCAAAACUAUCCUUGGCAAAGGGUGAAUAUAAAACAGCCUUGAAGAAUCUGGAGAUGAUCUCGGAUGAGAUCCACGAGAGAAGACGGGCCUCUUCUAUGGGUCCUAGAGGAUGUGGGGUGGGUGCAGAAGGCAACAACCUAUCAACGGAAGACCUUGUGGUGUGCAAACUGGAAUCCGAUAAUAUUUCCAUGGCUUCAGAAGUAUUUGAAGAUGAUAACUGCAACAGUUUUGUGUCCGAAGAAGACUCUGAAACCAAAUCCGUAUCCAGUUUUAGUUCGGGUCCAACCAGCCCUUUGGACAUGCCGGCUCAGUUUCUCCCAGUGGUACGGCCUAGAAGCCUGGAUCUCUCCAGCCCCAUUUCACUAUCUGAAUUUGGGAUAUUUCCUCUACUAGGACCUCGAAGUGAAUGCAGCGGGGCUUCCUCUCCUGAAUGUGAAAUUGAAAGAGGAGACAGGGCAGAAGGGGCAGAGAACAAGACUCUUGACAAAGUGAACAAGAACAAGAGUAAUAACACCAGCUCUUCUUCUAGUGGACCCACGUUGGAUAACCGGGUGAAGCAACUCUCCCUACAGUGUCUGAAAGUCAAAGAUGGGAUUUGUGCGGACAGAAAAACAGUACAGAUUGGUUGAGCGCCUACCUGUUUGGGGCUUGAGAGAAAUCCUAAAUUAUUUAUACACAAACCUCUUCUGAAUGGCAGAAGAACCUUGUGCCAAUAACUAUUUAAUAAAUGCCAAAUCUUUUAAGCGUUUACUCCUUAAACUGCACUAAACGUUACAUCAGUGUUGAGGGCUCAAGUUGUAUGGUUUUUUUUAAAAAAGAAAGUCAUGACAGAAAUCUGCUACACAUUAUUAGCUGUGCUUGUUUUACACACAGCCUUUGUAACACGUUUUAUAGCAGUUUGGCAGAAGCAAUAACUGGGAUUGUCCCUCGUACGGAGUUCUGUGUCACUUGAGAGGCGAAAGACAAGCUAUAUGUUUGGGAGUUGCUGGCAUCUGUUUUUUUGGCAGGUAUCUGUUUUGUGAACUGGGCUGCAGUCUAGACACAGUUGAAUUCUAAGGUGCUCACGGAAUAUCUUUUUUGAAGACUCUGUAUUUUAAUGUUUGCAUUAUGAUCAAAUUGUAGAACUGGUAUACUGUGGAUUUUGACAGGAAGCAGUUGCAUGAGGCAAAUCCAGAAAUCUCUGUUCUGCUUCCCACGGCUCACAAGUAAUGCUGGGGAUGGGGGAGAGGGGGAGACAUACUUUGAAAAUAACUUUUAAAACACAACAUUACACACAUACCCUUAUAGCAUUUUAGAUUUGGAUUGGAGGAGCAGGUGGGUAAAAUUCUGAAUCCAGUUUUCAAAAUGAAACGUAUGUGUGGGACUGUUUUUAUCAUUGUAUGACACUUUACCACAACUGCAGUAGUGUGAAUUUGACACCUCAUUUAGGCAUGGAUAGGAAAAUAUUAUUUAAAAACUUGGCUUACCAAGUAAAAAAAGAAGGAGAUAUGCAUGAAAGGAUAGCAUCUUUGCAAGUUAGAAUAUUUCUGUCAGUUGUCAUGUAUAGGGCUUUUAGACUAUUUAAAGGGACUUGUAAUAAUAGCAUCCCUUCAGCACAACAGCUGAAUAAGACUGGAAAGAGCUUGGGCAUGCUUUAGAAAUAGGUGUUAGAGAAGUGGGGUAGUCUUGCUAAUAAGAGGUAGUUUAAAAAGUAGGACUUCUAAAUAGUGAUUUUUUAAAUUGCCAUCUUCCAUCUCUCAUAGAUCUAACUUAUUAUUUAGUUUAAAUAUUUAGCAUCCCCCUAAAUGAUUCUUGGCUUACAAUCUUGUUGUAUUUUGUUCCUAAUAUAGCUUGUAUAUCUAUUGUGAAAACAAAUGUAAAACCCUCUACACUACAGUAAACUCUUCCUCCAGUCUUAAUUUUGUUUUCAUGUGUAGUAUGGUCAUAUUAAGUGUUUUUUUAAAAAAUGCUUUUAAACUUGUUCCCCAAGUAAGUGGUUGUUCUAAGAUAUACUCCUGCCUUUCAGUUGUGUUUUUGGCAUCUACUUCAGUCAAGGAAAUGAAAUUUGCAAGUGCCAAAUGGAAUAAGAAAUAAAAUGAAAACUAAAGGCUGA